AUGUCACGGAGGCGUUACAAAGCGUGCGACGCCAAAACCGGUCCAGAGGCCGGUGGGGCCUCUGCGGCGACCUUGGCUGACGUAACGCUCCCAACCGUCUACAGAAGCGAGUGCGGUCCAGUCGAGUGCCGUGUUGGUGACAUUGCACUGUUUUCGAGAAGUGGUGGGAGACCACACCACCCGUGGGGCUACUGUGGAAUUGUUGGCCUUAAGGCGAUGGGCCCCAGUUACCUCAGUCGGCGGAUGAACCUUAAAUUAGAGCAUAGAAGUGCCGAGAAGAGGGAGCCGGUCACAGAGAGCCCAUGCCCUGGGCUGGCAACCAUGCAGCGCCAGCUCAGCAAUGUCAGCGUGCACUCGUACCAGGACUACCAGCCGACGAGACGAUUCGGGCCGCAGUAUGAGCCCGGCGGCUACGCGGCGGCAGUGCAGCAGCGUAGCAACAUGACCCAGCGCGAGGACGCGCUCAAGUUCGAGCAGGGCCGCAUCAAGGCGCUGCAGGAGGAGCGGCUGCACAUCCAGAAGAAGACCUUCACCAAAUGGGUCAACUCGUUCCUGCAGAAGGCUCGCAUGGAGGUGGAGGACCUGUUCGUGGACCUGGCGGACGGCAGGCGCCUCCUGAAGCUGCUUGAGAUCAUCAGCGGCGAGCGUCUGCCGCGCCCCAACUCUGGCAGGAUGCGGGUGCACAAGAUCGAGAACGUGAACAAGAGUCUUGGGUUCCUGCACACCAAGGUGCGGCUGGAGUCGAUCGGCGCCGAGGACAUAGUGGACGGCAACCCGCGCCUCAUCCUCGGCCUCAUCUGGACCAUCAUCCUCCGCUUCCAGAUCCAGGAAAUCGAGAUCGAUGUUGACGAGGAGAACGAGUCGUCGGAGAAGAAGAGCGCGAAGGACGCGCUGCUGCUGUGGUGCCAGCGGAAGACCAGCGGCUACCACGGCGUGCACAUACACAACUUCACCGACUCCUGGCGAUCGGGGCUCGGGUUCAACGCCCUCAUCCACGCGCACAGGCCCGACCUGUUCCGCUGGUCGGAAGUGCCGCAGGCCGACCACGUGGAGACCCUCAACCACGCGUUCGACGUCGCGCACAACCAUCUCGGCAUCCCGCGCCUGCUCGACGCCGAAGAUGUGGACACCAGCCGUCCGGACGAGAAGUCCGUGAUGACGUACGUCGCGAGCUACUACCACACCUUCGCGCGUAUGAAGAACGAACAGAAGAGCGGCAGGAGGAUUGCCAACAUCAUCGGGCAGCUGAUGGACUGCGACGGGCGCAAGGCGGAGUACGGGCGGCUGAUGAGCGCCCUACUCGAGUGGAUCCGGCUCAAGAUCCUCGAGCUGAACGGGCGCGAGCUGCCCAACUCGCUGGACGGCAUCCAGCGGCUGCUGCUCGCCUUCAAGCAGUACAGGACCGUCGAGAAGCCGCCCAAGUACAAGGAGCGCUCGGAAGUGGAGGCGCUGUUCUUCAGCAUCAACACGAUGCAGAAGAGCCUGGUGGGCGAGACCUGGGCCCCACUGGAGGGCCACCUGCCCCAAGACCUGGAGAGGGCCUGGCAGAAGUUGGAGCAGGCGGAGCACGCACGCGAGCUCGCCCUCAGGACCGAACUGCUGCGCCAGCAGAGAUUGGAGCAGCUCAACUACAAGUUCAACACCAAGUCGGUGCUGCGCAAGGGCUACCUGAAGGAGAUGAUCCAGGUGCUCUCGGACCCGCGCUACGGGUCCAACCUGGCGCAGGUGGACGCCACCGUGAAGAAGCACGAGGCCAUCUCCGCAGAUAUACUAGCCAGGACGGAGCGGUUCGAGGACCUGUCCGCGAUGGCGGCGGAGCUGGUGCGCGAGCGCUACCGCGGCGCGGAGGCGGUGUCGGCCACGGAGCGCGCCGUGCUGCAGCGCUGGCGCGAGCUGCUCGAGCUGCUGGAGCGCCACCGCGCCUCGCUGGCGCGCCUCGCCCACCUCAUGGCGCUGCUGCGCGAGGCCGACGCCGUGGCCCACACGCUCGCCGAGAUGAAGGCGCAGUUCCAGUCGGAGGAGGUGGGGCGGCACCUGGUGGACGUGGAGCGGCUGCUGCAGGCGCACGCGCUGCAGGAGCUGCAGCUGGGCGCGCUCGACGAGAGCAUCCGGCGGCUGGUGCGCCAGGGCGCCGCCGCCGAGGGCCCGCCCCAGCCCAAGCAGCAGCUCGCCGCGCAGCUGCAGCGCCUGGAGGACGCCUGCGACAGCCUAAUGGCAGCCGCCAAAGAUAGGAAGGCGAGGCUGGAGGACGCGAGGAACCUCUACCAGUUCUUGGAAGACCACGACGAGGAAGAAGGCUGGGUGACGGAGCGGCAGCGCAUCUGCCGCGCGUCGGUGGCGGCGAAGGACCUGCGCGGCGUGCUGGCGCUGCGCCACAAGCACACGGCGCUGCUGCACGAGCUGCGCGCCAGGGACCUGGUGGCGCAGCGGCACCGCGAGCGUGGCCAGGGCCUGAUCGACGCGAAGCACCCGAAGAGCGCGGAGAUCGAGCGGCGGCUGGCGGCGCUCAGCAAGCAGUGGGAGUUGCUGCGCCAGCUGGCCGACGUCAGGGACAAGCAGCUCGCCGACGCCGCGGAGGCGCACCAGUUCUACGGCGACGCGAACGAGGCGGAGUCGUGGAUGAAGGAGAAGCGCGCGCUGGUGGGCACGGAGGACUGCGGGCGCGACGCGGCCGGCGCGGGCGCGCUGCUGGCCCGCCAGCGGCUGCUGCACGGCGAGCUGCAGGCCUACGAGCCCGAGCUGGGCCAGCUGCGCGCCGCCGCCGACCGCCUGCGCCUCGCCGGCAUACACGAGCUGCAGCUGCCGACCGAAGUGGAGGCCGGCCCCGCCCUGGAGGAGGAGGAGUGGGUGAACGAGUCCAGGCUGGUGCCCACCGAGGUCUGGGAGGAGGAGCCCGUCGAGAGGCUGGAGCACCGCACCGUCACCGAGGAGAGGAGCGUUCCGCAGGUGAAGGCGCUGUACGCGUUCAGCGGGCAGGGCAUCUCGAUGGCGAAGGGCGAGGUGAUGUUCCUGAUGAACAAGACCAACCCGGACUGGUGGUCGGUGCGCAAGGCGGACCGCACCGACGGCUUCGUGCCCGCCAACUACGUGCGCGAGGUCGAGCCCAGGGUGGUGCCGGUUCAAGUGAGGCGCCCGGAGAAGGUGCGCACCGUCCAGCGCGUGAAAAAGACGGUGCUGGUGAAGCAGGUGGUGGCGGUGAAGAAGGGAGGCACGAGGGCGGCGCGACGCCCCUCCAGGGCGCCCCAGCUGCCGCUGGCCAAGGCACCUACCGUGGGCGAGAGGGUCGAACACAUCGAGCAGCAAUAUGACGAACUCCUGAAGCUGUCAGAGGCCCGUCGCGUCGCACUCGAGGACGCCAUCAAGCUGUACAGCUUCUUCGCGGAAUGCGACGACUUUGACAAGUGGAUCAGGGAGAAGGAGAAGAUGCUCAGGUCGGACGACGCCGAGGACAGCGUAGACACCGCCAAGAGGAAGUACGAGAAAUUCGUGACCGACCUGUCCGCCGCCUCCAAGCGGCUGGAGCACAUCGAAGCGGCUGCUGAGGAGCUGGUGGCCGCCAAGCACGGGCAGGCUGCCCGCGCCACCGCCAGGCGGCAGCAGCUGCGCCAGCAGUGGGGCAGGCUGCUGCGUUUGAAGCAGCAGAAGGAGACGCACCUUGAAGGCGCAUCCAGCGUGGAGCUGUUCCAGCGCACGUGCGACGAGGCGCUGGACUGGAUGUCGGAGAAGGAGCAGCAGCUGGCCGGCGUGGCGGCGCCCGCGGCCGACCUGCGCACGGUGCGCGCGCUGCAGCGCCGCCACGCGCAGCUCGAGCGCGAGCUGGAGCCGCUGCGCGAGAAGGUCAACACGGUGGGCCUGCUGGCCGACUCCGUGAAGUCGCAGUACCCCAGCGAGCGGGGCAACGUGGAGGCUCGCCAGCGGGAGAUCCAGCAGGCGUGGCUGCGCUGCCAGGCGCAGGCGGCCGAGCGCCGCAGCCGCCUCGAGAGCGCCGUCGGCCACCAGGUCUUCGGCAGCAGCAGCGCGCAGCUGCACGACUGGCUCCAGAAAGUCCGCGAGCAGCUGUCCCAGGAGGUGACCGCCAAGGAUGUGGCCACCGCCGAAGCUCUGCACAAGCAGCACCAGGAGCUGAGAGACGACAUCAAGGCCCACGACGAUGAAUUUAAGGAAGUGAUAGGCCUGGGCAAGCAGCUACUCACCACCAACCCCUCACUAGCUGACGUGGCCGACAAGAUCAAGAGUCUAGAGGCGGAGCAGAGGGCGAUCGACAAGGGAUGGAAAGAGAAGGACGAGUACCUAAAGCAGUGCGUACAGCUGCAGAGCUUCAACCGGGAGGCGGACCAGAUAGACGCAUCCAGUGGUGCACACGAGGCCUUCUUGGAGUACACCCAGUGUGGCUCGUCCGUGGACGAGGUGGAGGCGCUGCUGAAGCGGCAGGAGGAGCUGGAGGCGCGGCUGGGAGCUCAGGACGAGAGGCUGGCCGGCUUCGUGCAGCGCGCCACAGCGCUGGAGCACCAGCGCCCGCCCCACUACGCCGCACAGCACAUCGCCGCACGCCGCGCGGCCGUGGUGCAGCGGAGGGACGCGGUGCGGCGCGCAGCCGCCGAGCGCCGGCGCGCUUUGCUCGCCAGCCUGGCUCACCAGCAGUUUGUGGCGGCCUCUGAGGAGCUUCAGACCUGGAUUCAAGACAAAACUAGGACCGCCAAGGACCAAAGCUACAGGGAUCUGGCCAACUUGGAGAGGAAAUUGCAGAAGCACGAGGCGUUCGAGAGGGAGCUGCAGGCCAACGAGAAACAGCUUAGGAAUGUCGAGAGUAUUGGGCAGUCCCUGCAGAAGUCGGACCCCGCCCGCGCCGAGGAGGUGUCCCAUCGGCUGAAGGGUCUGCAGACCGCCUGGGAAGAGCUCGUCGCGGCCUCAAGGGACAAAGGCAGCAAGCUGAGGCAGGCAGCUCAGCAAAGACAGCACAGAAGGGCCGUGGAGGACGCCAAGGCGCGCCUCGUGGACCUGGAGCGGGCGCUGCGCAGCGAGGAGACCGGCGGGGACCUGCGCAGCUGCAAGCGCUUACUCAACCAGCAGCAGGCGUUCGAGCAGGAGCUGCAGCAGUGGGAGGCGCGCGCGGCCGCGCUGGCGGCGAUGGGCGCGGACCUCGUCUCCGGGGGCCACUUCGACAGCGCUGCCAUAGAGCGCGACAGCGCUGCGCUGCUGCAGGCGCUCGAGGCGCUGCGGCCGCGCGCGGCCAGUAGGCGCGCCGCGCUCGAGACCAGCAUGCGAUUCCACAAGUUCGCGGCCGAGGUGUCCGGCGAGCUGGACUGGCUGCAGGAGCGGCAGGCGGCCGCCGGCUCCGGCAGCCUGCCGGGCGACCUGCACGCCGCCCAGUCGGCGCAGAAGAAGCACGCCAAGCUGCGCGCGGAGCUGGUGGGGCGCAGGCCCCUCAUCGAGCGCGUUUUGGUCCAGGGCCGGGCGCUCGUCGAAGAGGACCACCCGCAGAAGGAGAAGAUCGAGCGGCUGUGCGGGGAGCUGGAGCGCGCGUACGGCGCGGUGUCGCGGGCGGCCGAGGAGCGCGCCUCCCGCCUGGAGGCGGCGCUGAGGGCGCAGCAGUUCAUGCACGAGGCGCUGGAGGUGGACUCCUGGCUGGCGGACAAGGCGGCCGCGCUGGCCUCGGCCGACGUGGGCCACGACCGCCACCGCGCCACGCAGCUGCUCACCAGGCACAAGGCGGUGGAGCUGGAGCUGGACACGUACGCGGCGAUCAUCGCGGAGAUGGGCCACGUGGCGAGCAGCAUGGGCCAGCCCGAGCUGGUGGAGAGGCACGCGCUGCUGGCGGGGAGCCUGCAGCGGCUGCAGACCCUCGCGCAGCAGCGCCAGGGCGCGCUCGUCGAGAGCGUCUGCAGGCAUGAAUAUCUCGCUGAGAGCGCAGAGUUGGAGAGCUGGAUACAGGAGCAGUACGCCGCCGCUUCCAGCGAGGACUACGGCCAGGACUACGAACAUCUUUUGAUCCUCCGUUCGAAGUUUGACGAGCUCCGCCACCGAGUGGAGAGCGGAGCGGAGAGGUUCAACCAGUGUGAGGAGCUGGCGAAGAAACUUCUUGCGUCCGACAGCCCAUAUAUAGCGGACAUCGAGCAGCGACAAGAGGCCUUGGGCGAGUCGUGGCAGCGGCUGGUGGAGCAGAUCGGGCAGCGCGCUCAGCGGCUGCACGCGGCGGGCGAAAUCCACCGGUUCCACCGCGACGCGGGCGAGCUGGUGGCGCGCGCGGCGGAGCGGGCCGCCCGGCUGGCCGCGCCCCCACCGCCGAGAGACCUGCGCGCCGCCGCCGCCCUGCUGCGCGACCACGACACGCAGGAGACUGACCUGCUGGCCGUCGACGCGCAGCUGCAGGUGCUGCAGGAGGAGGGCGCGCGCCUGCAGAGGCUCUGCCCCGGCGGCAACGAGCAGCAGAUCGCGCUCCGCCAGCGGGCGCUCGCGGACGCGUGGACCGAGCUGCGCACGGCGGCCGACCAGCGCCGCCGGCUGCUGCAGCAGCACCUGGAGCUGCACCAGUUCCUCUCCGAGGUGCGCGACGUGGCGAGCUGGUCGGCGGCGCUGCGCGGCGGCAUGGCGGGCGCGGCGCGCGCGCGCUCGGCCGCCGCGGCGCAGGCGCAGCGCGCGCACCACGACGCGCUGCGGGCCGAGAUCGACGCGCGCGACGACGGCUUCCGCGCCGCGCUCGACCGCGCGCAGCGGCUGCUGGACGCGGGCCACCCGGCCGCGCAGGAGAUCAACGAGCGGUGCGAGGCGCUGCUGGAGGAGCGCGCGCUGCUGCACGGCGCGUGGGCGGCCCGCCAGGUGGCGCUCGACCAGCUGCACGACCUGCACUGCUUCCUGCGCGACGCCAAGCAGCUGCACGAGCUCUGCGCCUCGCAGGAGGCGGCGCUGGGCACGGAGAUCUCGCCAACAUGCAGCGUAGAGGAAGUGGACAACCAGCUCAGGAAGCACGAGGCCUUCGAGAAGCUCCUCGCAACGCAGGACGAAAAACUAACGACCUUGAACAGCCACGGCGACAAACUGCUGCAGCAGAACCACGUGGAGAGCCAGCGCAUCGCUGACGAAUUGCAGGAGAUCAACGUCAGGAGGAAGAAGCUGUACGCGGCGGCGAGCGAGCGCCGCGCGCAGCUGGUGCAGGCGCGCGCGCGUGCGCAGUUCGCGCGCGACGCUGCGGAGGCGCGCGCCUGGGUGGCCGACAAGCUGGCGCAGCUGCCCGCGCACUCCGGCGAGGUGACCGACCUGGAGGACAAGAUCCGCAAGCUGAAGAAGCACCAGGCGUUCACGGCCGAGCUGGCCGCGCACCGCGCUCGUCUGCAGGAGCUGCAGCUGCUCGCCGCGCAGCUGGCGCCCGCGCCCGACGUGGCGCAGCAGCUGCAGCAGCUGCAGGACGACUGGCGCCUGCUGGAGACGGCGGCCGAGCAGCGCGGUCGUGGUCUGGAAGAGGCGCAGGACAUACUGGAGUUCAACCAACACCUAGACAAAAUCGAAGCCUGGAUCAGGGACAAAGAGAUGAUGGUCCAGGCGCACGAGCUGGGCAGAGACUACGAGCACUGCAGCGCGCUGCUGCGCAAGCUGGACGACCUGGACAGCGACAUGAAGGUGGACGACAAGCACGUGCGCGCCGUCUGUGCGUUGGCCGACCGCCUGCUCAAGCAGGGUCCGAGCGCGCAGGCCGACGGCGUGGCCGCGCGGCGGGACGCCGUGCUGGGGCGCUGGCGGGCGCUCAGCGGAGCCCUGCAGGCCUACAGGGACCGCCUCGACGCCGCGCUGCUGCUGCACUCCUUCAACAGGGACGUGGAGGAGACGGAGGAGCGCAUCGCGAAGAAGGCGGCGCUGUUCUCGAGCGCGGAGCGGGGCCGCGAGCUGGCCGCCGCCGAGGAGCUGCGCCGCCGCCACCUGGCGCGCUGGGCCGAGGCGGGCGCCGUGGCCGACCGGCUCGUGGCGCUGCGCAGCGACGGACGCAGCCUAGCUGCCAGCGCGGCGCAGAUCGAGGCCAGCCUGCAGAAGCUGGACUCUGCGUGGGACAAGCUGCAGCAGCUGGCGGCGAGCCGCACCGCUCUGCUCGACGACGCCAUCGCCCACCACAAGUUCGACGAGAGCCUCAAGGAACUGGAACUGUGGGUGUCGGAGACCGUCAAGCGGAUGGACAGCGCCGCACCGCCGGAGAGCGUGGUGGAGGCCCGGGCUCUGCUGGAGCUGCACCACGAGACCAAGGCGGAGAUCGACGGGAGAAAGAAGGCAAUAGCGUCCCUCCAGAAGGAGGCGGAGGCAGCUGACCAGCCGGAGAAGAUCCAGCGCGUCGCCAAUCUGGCCACGAGCCUCGACCAGGCCUGGCUGCAGAGGAAACAGUUCCUCACGCAGGCUCUCGAGCUGCAGCUGUUCGAAGAACAGGCUCAACAGACUGAAGACUGGCUGGCUUCCAAGGAGGCCUUCCUCAACAAUGACGACCUCGGGGAGAACCUGGACGCCGUGGAGGCGCUGAUCCGCAAGCAGGCGGAGUUCGCGAAGCUGCUGGAGUCGCAGCUGGGGCGCGUGGAGGAGGUGCGCGCCUUCGCCGAGGGCCUGCUCGAGGCGGGCCACGCCCACGCCGCCCACAUCGGGCGCCGCGUCGACCACCUGCUCGCCAGGACCAAGCGCCUCAAGGAGAGAUGCAGCGAGCGCGAAGCGAUACUGCUGCAGGCUCGGCAGUUGCAGCAGUUCCGACGCAACCUCGCCCACGAGAGGGAGUGGAUCGAGCUCAAGAUGCAGAUCGCCAACGACCAGAGCUACAGGGAGCUGUCCAACCUGCAGAGCAAGAUCCAGAAACACGCCGCGUUCGAGUCCGAGCUGGCCGCAAACAAGAAGCGAAUCGACGACGUAGCAAACACCGGGGAGGAGCUAAUCGAAGAGAAGCACUACGCGUCGCAGGAGAUCGCGCAGCACGUCGAAGACCUGGAGAACCUAUGGAGGGAGCUUCAGGCGGCUGCCAAGCUGCGACGCGAGCGGCUCCAGGAGGCGUACCAGGCGAGGGUUUACCUCCGAGGGCUGGACGACUUCACCGCCUGGCUGGACGACGUGGAGGCGCAGCUGCUCAGCGAGGACCACGGCAAGGACCUGACCUCGGUGACUGGUCUGCUGAAGAGGCACACGCGGCUGGAGCAGCAGGUGGCCAGCAAGGCCGACACGGCCGCUCAGCUCGAGGACACGGCGCGCCAGCUGGCCGACAACGGACACUUCAUGGCCGACGACAUCCUGCAGAGGGCCGACAGGGCUGUCACCAGGUACCGGCAGCUGCAGGAGCCGAUGCAGAUCCGGCGCGACAACCUGGAGGACGCCGCGCUGCUGCACCGCUGGCACCGCGACGCCGACGAGGAGUUCGACUGGUUGCUCCAGCGCGCGGGCCCGCUGGAGCAGGAGGACGCGCCGCUCGGCGACAGCCUGCCGGAGACGCAGGCGCUGCUCAAGGAGCACCAGGUGCUGGAGGCCGAGCUGCUGGCCAGGGAGCCGUCGGUGAAGGCGCUGGGCGCGCGCGCGACGGCCCUGUCGCGGCGCGGCCACUUCGCCGGCGGGGCGCUGGCGGCGCGCGCGGCCGAGCUGGCGCGCCGGCUGCAGGCGAUCGGCGCGGCGGGCGCGGUGCGAGGGAGACGGCUGCGCGCGCGCGAGGCGCUGCUCGCGCUGGCGGCGGAGGGCGCCGAGGCGGGCGGCUGGCUGGCGGCGCGCCGGCCGCCGCUCGCCGCCAGCGAGCUGGGCCGCGACGAGGAGGACGUGCUGGCGCUGGCGCGGCGGCUGGACGCGCAGCGGCGCGAGCUGCCCGCCUUCGACGCCACGCUCGCGCGCCUCGAGAAGGCGGCCGCUGCGGCGCUCGCCUCGCCCGAUCGGUCUCCCGAAGACGAAGAAGCGGUGAAGAAAAUGAUGGACGACCUAAAGAACACCUAUGAGGAGCUGAAACUGCUCGCGGCGAGGAGGCAGCAGCGCCUGCAGCAGAGCCUUAAAUACUUCAAGUUCGUCCAGGAGUGCGGCGAGGCGCAGGAGUGGAUCGGCGAGCAGAUGGCGGCUGCGGCCAGCGAGGAGUACGGCCUCGACGUGGAACACGUGGACACGCUGCAGCAGGCCUUCGACAACUUCAUGGCGCAGUUGCACGCCAACGAGGGCCGCAUCGAGGCAGUGUGCGAGGCGGGCAACGCCCUGCUGGAGGAGAACACGCCCGAAGCAGAUCGCGUGAGGCAGAGGAUCGACGACAUCCGGGGGCUGUGGGACGACCUCAAGGAGCUGGCAGUGGCUCGCCACGAGGCGCUGGCCGGGGCGCGGCAGGUGCACGAGUUCGACCGCGCCGCCGAGGAGACGGCCGCGUGGGUGGCCGAGAAGGAGGCCGCGCUGCAGCUGCACCGCCAGCGGCACCAGCUGCGCGCGCUCAGGGCCGACCUGCUCGCCAUCCGCGACGCGCAUCACCACCUCAAGGAGGAGGCCGAACGGUCCGUGCAUCUCAUCGACCCUCUGUUCCAAGCUUCGUCAGAAGAAGCGAACACGCUGGGCGCGGCGUUCCCCGACGCGCGCGAGCACGUGAGCGCCAAGCUGGAGGACGUGACCGAGGCGCUGGACGCGCUCACCGCCCACGCCGCCCACUGCGACCAGCAGCUCGAGCUGGCCGACCAGCUGCAGGCCUACUUCCACACCUACCAGGACCUGCUCGCGUGGACCAACGAGAUGGUGGCCAGGGUGACGGCGCCAGGGCUGGCCACCGACGUGGCAGGCGGCGAGCGGCUCCUCGCCCGCCACACAGAUCUGCGCGCAGAGAUCCAAGCCAAGGACGACGAUUUCCGCACCCUCUACGCAGACGGUGAGAAACUGGUCCGCGAGGGUCACUUUAUGGCGAACGAGAUCGAAGAACGGAUGGCCACCUUACGCUCCAGGAAGCAGGCCCUGGACUCGGCGUGGGAGGCCAGGGCCACGGUCUACGAGCAGCACCUCGACGCCCUCGUCUUCCUGCGGGACGCCGACACCCUGGAGCACUGGAUACUCACCAGGAUGCCGCUGGUGCGCGACGGCAAGUACGGCGAGAGCGUGGCGCAGACGGAGGAGCUGAUCAACCGGCACCGCGACCUCGAGGAGACCAUCGAGGCGCAGCGGGACAGGUUCGACGCGCUGCGCCGCAUCACGCUGAUUGAGCAAGCGUUCAAGCAGCAGCAGGACCAGGAGGAGGCCGCGAGGAAGAAGUACGCCGAGAAGCAGGAGGCCGAGCGGCUGCAGCAGUACAGGAGAAGGGAGAUGGAGAGGAUCACGGAAGAGCGCAGACGGGAGACGGCCCCGCCGGUGCAGCUGGUCAGAGAGGUGGAGCGGCUGGGCGCCAGCGGCUCGCCGCCCGCGUCCGCCCCGGCGGCGGGUUCGAAGCCGUCGGCCGCCUCGGAGGAGGAGACGCUCUCGCCGGCGCCGCACUUCGAGCGCCUGCCGCGCCCCGAGACGCACGUCAAGCGCGCAGAGAGCAUGAGCGUGGUGAAGACGCCGAAGCGCACGCCCUCGUUCACCACCCGCCGCCGCACGCAGAGCUUCCGCCGCCACCGCCACGAGAUGGACCACCUGCCGCCGGUCGAGAUCGAAGGGUACGUGGAGCGAAAGCAGGAGGCGGGCUGCGGCGGCGUGCGGGCGACGGUGCGCUCGUGGCGGAGCUACUACGCGGUGCUCUGCGGGCAGCUGCUCUGCUUCUUCCGCGACCAGAGCGACUUCGGCAGCGCCAAGGCGGCCGCGCCGCCGGUCGCCAUCCUGCACGCCCGCUGCGAGGUGGCGAGCGACUACACGAAGCGCGCGAACGUGUUCCGGCUGUCGUGCGCCGACGGGGCGGAGUACCUGUUCGCGUGCGGCUCCGCGCAGCUGAUGGCCGACUGGGUGGCCAAGCUGGCCUUCCACGCCGACCUGCCGCCGGAGCUGCAGCUGACGCCGUACAGCGCCGCCGCCGCCGCGGACGCCGACCGCCUCGCCACCGACGAGCUGAGGAGGCGGCUGCACGAGAACGCGUCGUCAUCAUCGUCGGCCGCCUCGACGCCGGAGCCGGCACGCAAACCGCGCAGCCAGGCCGAGAUACUCCACGAGCACAGGAUCUCACAGAACGCGGCUGCCACGGCUGCCACCGCUGCCACGACCGCCACCACUGUCACGACAACCACCACCACAGAGAGAAAUAUAGAAUCCGCGGUGCUGCCAUCGCUGCCACCGCGCCAGCCGCCCCAGCCACCGCAAGAUGAAGCGGCUGACAUCGUACUAAGGAACCAGACGGAGCGCAGCGGCAGCCCGUGGGGCCGGUCCCGCUUCUCCAACGGGCGGGACCUCAACGCAGAGUUCCUCCGCUCGCAGAGAGAGGUCGACGCGCCGCCGCCGCUGCCCGAGAGGGGCGAGAGGGGCGAGAGGGGCGAGCGCGGCGCGCAGCAGUCGGUCACCGCGCUGGUGAACAGCUACCAGCAGAAGAUGAGCAGGAGCUGGCAGGAGCGGCCCGCCGACCACAACAGGAACCCCGCGUGGCAGCACGAGCGCCAGAACAACAACUGGCAGCCGGUCGAGACCACCACGCACUUCUACUCGGCCAGCGAGCUCGCAUACGGCGAGGGCAGCGGCGGAACGCGGCCGGCGUCCGUGGCCGGCAGCGGCGGCUCCCCGGCCCUCGACCAGAGGCCAGCCUCCAGAUCCUCCGGGGAGUCGGAGUUAUCCGUUAGCAGCGUUACGAAGGACAAGAAGGACAAGAAAGGAGUUUUCGGGGGUCUGUUCAGCAGGAAGAAACGCCCCCAGAGUCACAUG